GAAAAGACUACAAAAACUAACUAUUCUUUUUCCUCAACAAAAAAGUUUGUACCCUUUUAAUCUUGUAUAACCAUACACUCCAAUGUCAAGUUCUCCGUACUUUUCAUUUUGACUUUUUUAUAUAGGCUAGAAGUAGAUCUUUUCUUUGAAAUUUCUUGGUCUUUUAUCUAUUCGAGUUUUGGUAAAUUUUUCAGUUUUGUUUACUUCCAAGUUCCAUCUCAUUCUAAGAUCCAAGACAAUAAACCCAUUUGUCAACCACACAUAUUUUUCUCCAAGUUCCAAUUUUUGUCUGAGUACUAGAGCUUCUGUUCUGUUCUGGUCUGGUCUGGGUUUCUCUCUUCGAAACUAAAAGAGCUAGGGACAGGAUUAGGAUUCCAUUGUAUUAUCAAGAGGGUCACCAAGUUUUGGGGAUUUAAUGCUUUUGGUUGUGCCAUUAAAAAUCUUUCUAGCUUGGCGGUGAAAGGUUUUGGAGGAGUGGUCUUCCUUUCACCAAAGAAAGGUUUUUUUUUGUCUUUGUGAUUAUUUUGUGGCUUUGCUUCUUCUAUGGCUAUGGCAGAUGUUAAAUCUGUGUUUCCGGAGUUUGAAGGGGAAGAUAAAUUAAUUGCUGCGGCUAAACACAUAUCUAGGGAACUGAGCUCCAAUAAGAGACUUACAGCUGAAGCUAGGAGAAUUUUGAUUAAUCUUGGUGCCCAGUUGUCAUCCAUUUCCUUAACCGAUGAGACAAAGAGUGAGAAGGUUUCUGAGAUUAAAAUGAUUGAAAAUCAACUUGAUGCUGUUCAAGAGAAGGUUAGGAGUUGGGAAGCAGAUCAAUCUAUGAUAUGGGAUUCUGGGAUGAAUGAGUUUUAUGAGUAUCUAGAUGCUGCUGAGGAAGCUAGAAAAUUGACUGUAAGAUUAGAGACGAUGUCUUUGAAUCUAGAUGAGGGUGGUCAUGAAAAGAAUGAACUACAAAGAAAGUCUUAUGAUGUUCUUCAAACAGCAAUGGAUAGACUUGAGGAGGAGUUUAGAUACAUACUUGUUCAGAGUAACCAACCCUUUGAGCCUGAACACAUGUCUUUUCGUUCUAGUGAGGAGGACACUCUGGAUGAGAGCUCCAUGAACUCUUUUGGGGAUGAUUCAAUUGAGGAAUCUCUUCAAAGAGAUAGUCUCAGCAGAAUGUCUGAUGAAUUCAUUGUGGAUCUGAUUAAUCCUGAUGUGGUUCCUGAGCUUAGAAGUAUUGUGAAUUUGAUGUUCAACUCGAAAUACGAUCAUGAAAGCAGUCAAGCAUAUAUUAGUGUCCGAAAGGAUGCUCUGGAUGAGUGCUUGUUCAUCCUUGAGAUGGAGAAACUGAGCAUUGAGGAUGUGAUCAGAACUGAGUGGGGUAGUUUGAAUUCUAAGAUCAGGAGGUGGAUUCGCGCUAUGAAAAUCUUUGUUCGGGUUUAUCUAGCGAGUGAGAAAUUGUUAUGUGAUCAGAUUUUUGGGGAGCUUGGUCCCAUCAGUUCAGUUUGUUUUGCUGAAUUAUCAAAGACCUCAAUGUUGCAGCUUCUGAAUUUUGCAGAAGCCAUGUCUAUUGGCCCUCAACAACCAGAGAAGUUACUUCGGAUUAUUGACAUGUAUGAGGUGCUUGCUGAUCUUAUUCCCGACAUAGAAGCCUGUUACAUGGGAGAAGCUGGUUCUUCCAUAAUCAUGGAGUGUCAUGAGGUUCUAAGCAGAUUGGGGGACUGUGUGAAGGCGACUUUCAUUGAAUUCAAGAAUGCCAUUGCAUCUAACCACUCUGCAAAUCUUAUAUCAGGAGGGGGAAUCCAUCCUCUGACCAGAUAUGUCAUGAACUACUUAAGGAUGCUUACUGACUACAGUGACACCCUGAACUUGCUUUUUAGGAAUAUUGAUGAAGAAGGUGAUCACUUUACAAUAUCGUCUCCUGAAGGUAGUCCAACUUAUAGAGAAGAGGAGAGUAAAACCAGACUUUCCCCAUUGGCUCAGAACUUAAUGUCAGUAAGUGAAGUUCUUGAACGCAACCUUGAAUCCAGGUCCAAGUUAUACAAGGAUGUUUCGUUGCAACAUUUGUUCUUAAUGAACAACAUCCAUUAUAUGACUCAGAAGGUUAAAGGAUCUGAACUAAGGCCUAUAUUUGGAGAUGGUUGGAUUAGAAAUCACAACUGGAAAUUCCAACACCAUGAAAUGGACUACCAGAGAACUAGUUGGGGUCCAAUCCUUUCUUUGUUGAAGGAUGAAGGAAUACAAAAUCCUGGUUUGAAUUCCGUCUCAAAGGUUGUUAUCAAGGAGAGGUUCAGGAGCUUUUAUCUUGCUUUUGAGGAAAUUUACAGGACUCAAUCAGCAUGGAUUAUUCCUGAUGGUGAGCUUAGAGAAGACCUGCGAAUCUCGGCAUCUCUUAAAGUAAUCCAGGCUUACAGGACAUUCGAGGGAAGGCAUGCUACUCACAUAAGUGACAAGUACAUCAAGUACAAUGCUGAUGAUUUGGAGAAAUAUCUUUUGGAUCUGUUUGAGGGAUCACCUAAAACAUUACACUGUCCAAGCAGAAGGUGAUUUUGCUUGCAUAAUGAAUACAUAAACUUGUGCUGUUAUUCAAAUAGAGAAAAGGAUUUUGUGUCCAGCUUUUGCUAGCUCUUGUUUGAUAAAUAAACAGGGUUAGGCUCAGUGUAGUCUUGUCACCCCCCAAUUAAGAACAAGGGGGGAUAUGUUACCAUAUUAGUUCCAUAUACUUGAUUUUGUAUGGUUUAAAAAUUUACUCUCAUCAUUUGUUUAUUCAUAUUUGAUCCAUCCAAUAAUAUUUGGGACUGUCUAACCGGCUUGGACAAGUUUAUGAAAUUUGCUUGUUCUUUGUU